GUGCCAAGUGACAAUUUUAUACCUAAUUUAAUUGUUUAUAAAUUCACCAAAAUAAAAAUAUAUCGGUUAUAUUAAUAACUCAGCUAUGGAUGUCAAUAAUUCACACAAUCAAAGUUAUUGGUUUGUUGUACGUGAAGACCAUAGCAAUGUUAUAUUCAGCAGUAAUAAUUUUACAAUUCAAAAUCCUCAAAUUACAGGUCAAGAAACAAGAUUUAUAGUGGACACAGGUGACAACCGACAGUUUAUGCAAGUUGACAAUAUUCAAACUCUCCAAGAAGAACCUACAAAAGAUAUUUGUAAGGAAAUAAAUCAAACUAAAGAAACUGAAAAUUUUUGGGACAGAAAUAAAGUUAAACUUCUAUUAACAUUGUGUCGUGAAAAUGGUUACAAUGUAACUGUGGACAAAUUUGAUUUAAAUGAAAUUGCAAUUUUAGUUGGAACUACACCUGAAGAAUGUGAUAAAAAAUUCCGGAAUUUGCGUCGGACUUACAUCAGAUUAAUGAGGAAAAAAUUAAUGGGAAAGGAUAUUAAAUGGGUACAUUUCAACAUCUGCGAAGACUUAUUCAAAGAUUGUAAAAUGUUGAACCCAGCUUUAGAACCUUGGGAGGACGGGAAAGUCAGGCAAUUAUUAACACUUUAUAUUGAAAAUAUUCAUAAAUUCCGCGAUCCUAAUUUCUUACAAAAAGAUGUUUGGAAAGACAUAGCAUCACAAAUAAAUACUACUGAAUACAAUUGCUAUCACAAAUUCAAAAACUUAAAAAGGACGUACUUUAAUUGGCUUGAAAGAAGCAGAGAAACUGGAAAACUGAUAAAGUGGCCCUAUCACCAUUAUUUUGAAAGAAUAUUUUAUAAUUACAACCCAGACCUUGGCCCAUGGGAUAGAAAUAAAAUCAGACAACUUAUAAAUGCAUAUUCAGAAAUAGCACACAUGUUUAGAAAUCCCAAGUAUCAAAAGAAAGAAUUGUGGAGGGAAAUAUCUAGAAAAGUUGGUGAGAGUCCCAGUAAUUGUGAUAGAAAGUUUAGAAACUUGAAACAAACCUACAUAAGGUUAAAGUUGAGAGCCAACUCUGGACGCUCUAUUACCAAAUGGAGAUAUUACAAAGACUUUUCAACUAUAUUUGAAAAUGAAUCUUACUCAGUUAUGAAUGAUGGACUAGAAAUUGUUUACAAAUCUGCUGAACAAGAUUACAUAAAACAAUUGCUGAAUUAUUACAUAGACAAUAAAGAAAAAUUUAGAGAUCCACUUGUAAAGAAGAAAAAUUUAUGGAGACUAAUUGGAUCUAAAUUAGGUUUGUCUCCUGAAGAGUGUGAUAAAAAAUUUAGAAAUUUAAAACAGACCUACAUAAGAUUGGCAGAAAGGAAAAGUUUAUCUGGGAGAAACAAUGGAUGGCCUUAUUAUUCAUAUUUCGAAAGAAUCUAUGACGAACCAAGGGCAUUUGGCAAAGAAUGCAGUCACAAUUGCAAUAUGGAUAAUGUUACUCUUAAAGAAAUCAGAAACAUUGUUAAGGAUGCUUAUGAAGUAAAGGAUAAUGACAAAUUUGAGAGACUUGUGAAAGUUGUAGAAGAAGCAAAUGACAUUCAGAGGGAAAGGAAUAGAAUACUUCAAGCUUUAUUGAAUAGGAAAUGAAGCGUUGUGAAAAUAUGCUUCUUACUUAUUGACAAUCUGUUAAGUCCUCUUAGAGAUGGAGCUAGCAUACUUUGCAAUUGUUUUACUGGUCUCUAAGGGAAACAGUAUAGACUGGGAUUUCCAUUUAAAAAGCUCCAGGCUAAGGAAGUCUAGUUGGAUGGCGAUUUUAAAUUUUGGUAUAAUCCAUUGUAGUUAGUGCAUUAAGCAUUAAAUGAUUAAUUAUACGAAAUAAUAAGAUCUUGAUAUUGGAUGUU